CGCUAUAUAUACCUCUUCUUCUCCGUUGGCUUCUCCGGCAGCAAGCACACCACACAUUUCAUAUUACAACGAAAAAACAGACAGAAGCUAGCACUAGCAGCAGCACACACGCUACGAUCAGGAGACAUACAAAGGCGUACCGUACGUAAACCGCGGGGAAAUGGGCCUGUGUGUGUCAUACGACGCGGCGGCCGACGGCCCGGCGACCGCGAGGGUGGUGCUGCCCAGCGGCGAGCUCCGGGAGUACUCUCCGCCCGCAACAGCCGCGCUGGUGGUGGAGGAGGUGGGGCGGCAGGGGUGGUUCCUGUGCGACGCCGACAAGAUGGGGUUCGAGGGCUCCGUCGCGGCGGUGGCCAGCGACGAGGAGCUCCAGCCGGGGCAGAUCUACUUCGUGCUCCCCGCAGAGAUGCUGCGCCGCCGCCUCACCGGCGAGGAGGUGGCCUCGCUCGCUGUCAAGGCCAGCGCCGCCCUCGUUAAGGCCGCCACCGCCUCGUCUGCCGGCGGCCGGCGCCGGCGAGGCUCUGUCGCGCCGCUCGUGUUCGCGCCUUCAGAGGAGGACUACUCGGACGAGACCUUGGCGGCGUUUGCGGUGAAACCGACGGUGCCACAGAAGCGAAGGGUGGCUUACCGAGGCGGGAGGUCGCCGCCGAGGUUCUCCCCUGACUUAACCGCCAUCCUGGAGAGCGAGUAGACGCGCGGAGCGCACGAGAGUGGCAGAGAGAGAGAAAAAAAAAACAUCUUUGCACAUAGCCCUGCCUUGCCCGGCCGCUGAUAAUAGAUCGGACGGCGGAGACAGACGCGGUAAAUGUUAUGUGGAGUUAUUCGUCGAGUUGGAUCAUAGGGAUAGACGGAUAGUCAUGUUUUGGACGUUGUUAAUAUAGACAUCAGAAACAAGUAGGGAAUGCACAUACAGAUAUGUCACUGUAAAUACUGUAUAAAUGAUGUGGAGUACGUUUGCACAGUUACUGGCCUAAGUCCA